AUGAGAAAACGGCAGCAGCCACACAUUGAAGGACCUCCCCAGGCGCCUGGCCACCCACGACCCAACAACUGCUGCAUGUGCUGGUGUGGUUGUUGUAAAUGCCUCUGGAAUGAGGACCGCAUGGAGGGUUCCGAACGGACAUGCACUAAAAUGGAUAGUAUUGAAGCCACGGAAGAGCAGCAACCCACUCUAGACGAGGUGGUGGCCUGGGCCCGUAGCUUCGAGCUGGUGAUGCGCUCCUCAGAAGGCAGGGAGAUUUUCCGAGAAUUUCUGCGCUCUGAGUACAGCGAAGAGAACCUGUUGUUCUGGCUGGCCUGUGAGGAGCUGAAGAAGGAGACGGACCCGACAGCGAUCGAUGAGAAAGCCAGGAUCAUCUAUGAGGACUACGUCUCCAUUCUAUCACCAAAAGAGGUGAGCCUAGAUUCACGGGUGAGGGAAGGCAUCAACCUGAGCCUGGCAGAGCCUAACAACGUGAUGUACGAGGAAGCCCAGCUGCAGAUCUACACCCUGAUGCACAGAGACUCCUACCCCCGUUUCCUCAACUCCUCUGUUUACAGAGACCUUCUGGACAGCAAGAGAAGCUCCUGCCUAGACACCUAA